UCUCGAACUCUCUUUCUUCACUUUCCUCCCUCAUCACAAAGCAAAGCACAAGACCUCUCUCAUCAAUGGAGCGUUCCGCUUGGCCUAAGAGCCUCUCCUCCAGCCGCAAGCGCGAGAUCCAGGAGCUCUGUGGCCAAAAUCCCAAGAAGCUCAGAGAUGCCUUCGACGCUCACUCUCAAACUGGCGAUGACCCACGGCAGCCCUUGUUUGCGGGAGAUCGGAUCGUCCGCGUCCUCGGGUCGUUCAGCAACAACACCCAAUCCCUAUCGAGCGGGGCUGAGUUCUAUGAGGGCUUCCAGGUCCCGAGCAACGCCUUUGUCAGUUCUGAAAUCUCCGAGGGAAGUGAGAGCUUCAGGUCUCCGGUAGAGAGCGUCAAGACCCCCGUCCGGAGACUCCAGAGGUCUCCGGUAUCCAUCUUGUGUGAGCAGUCGCUACUGGAGACUGCGACGGCGAUACACGAGGGCAGAGUAGACGUGGCUUCGGAGAUCCUGAGACGCUUGUCUGCCGUGCCGAACCCCAUGAGAACUUCAAAGCAGAAAUUGAUGGGAUACAUGUUGUCUGCGCUUAAAUCGCGCGUGAGCCCAGUCGAUUACCCCCCUCCCGUGGCGGAGUUGUUCACCGAGGAACAUGUGUUGUCGGUUCGGUCACUUUACGAUCUGUCUCCUUGUUUUAAGCUCGCUUUCAUGGCUGCCAAUAACGCGAUUUUGGAGGCAGCAUCGGAGCAACCCUCCACUAACAAGCUCCAUGUAAUUGACUUCGAUAUUGGUUGGGAAGGACAGUACGACAAUCUCCUUGCCGCGCUGCCCAUGCUUCAGGCGCGCAAUCAAUCCACACUCAAGAUCACGAUGCUCGCAGAUAGCAUCAACGGUGUGGAGAGGCUCAGGAUGCUUGGGGAUCGACUGAGUUUACUCGCAGCCGACGCAAGAUUUAGGUUAGUAUUCAACAUCGUGAGCCAGAAGCUGAGCGAGUUGAGCCGCGACUCGCUGGGCUGCGAGUCCGACGAGGUGCUGGCGGUGAACUUGGCGUUCAAGCUGUACAGAAUGCCGGACGAGAGCGUGUCCGCGGAGAACACGCGCGACGAGCUCCUCUGGCGCGUGAAGGCGCUGGCGCCGCAGGUGGUGACGCUGUUGGAGCAGGAUAUGAACAGGAACACGGCGCCAUUCCCGGUGCUCGUGGAGGAGGCGCUGGCGUACUACGGGGCGCUGCUCGAGUCGUUCGAGUACACAAUGCCGUGGGAGAGCUCGGAGCGAGCGAGGGCAGAGGAGGGGCUGAGUCGGAAAUUGGGGAACUCGGUUGCUUGCGAGGGUAGGGACCGGGUUGAAAGAUGCGAGGUGUUCGGGAAGUGGAGGGCCCGCAUGGGGAUGGCUGGGUUCCAGUUGAAGCCUUUGGGUCGACACAUGCCCGACUCAUUGAUGGCGUUGCUCCACUGUUUGGUGUGGAACUCGGACCCGAUUGUCAAUGUGAAAGAAGAGAAUGGCGGGUUUUGCUUCGGCUGGCGCAGCCGAACUCUCGUCGUAGCAUCCACUUGGUGUUAACCAAAUUGAUAUAUGUACGUAUAUGU